CGGACUUUAUUAUUUUAGCAUCACGGCGGCAGGUUUCUGCUAAGUUUGGAGUUACUCAUCACACUGUAUGCCGUCUGCCUAUAGGUAAUAAAAACCAGCCCAGGGUUCACCAUCACAAGGAGUCUGCAUGUCUAAAAGCUAGACAUGCUUAGCUUUGUGGAUACUCGGAUUCUGUUGCUGCUUGCAGUAACUUCAUACCUAGCAACAUGUCAACACAGUAGCCAGGGACCAAGAGGCUAUAAAGGACCACAAGGAGAACCGGGUCCAGAAGGCCGACCUGGUAGAGAUGGAACACCAGGUGUUGAAGGACCAGCUGGUCCACCCGGACCCCCAGGCCCAUCUGGUAACUUUGCUGCUCAAUAUGACCUAUCAAAAUCAAUGGAUACCUUUCAAGCACCCGUGGGCUUAAUGGGACCAAGAGGACCUAAUGGAGCUCCUGGUGCCCCUGGAUCACAUGGUGUGCAAGGACCCCCUGGUGAGCCUGGUGAACCUGGUUCAGUUGGUCCCCAAGGUCCCCGAGGUCCUUCAGGUUUACCUGGAAAGGCUGGUGAAGAUGGUAACUCUGGUAAACCUGGUAGAUCUGGCGAACGUGGAGGUGCUGGCUCUCAGGGUGCUCGUGGCUUUCCUGGAACUCCCGGUCUCCCAGGCCAGAAGGGACACAGGGGUCAUCCUGGUUUAGAUGGCCAGAAAGGACAUCCUGGUCAUCCUGGUCCUAAGGGUGAAAAUGGUGCCAAUGGUGAAAACGGAUCUCCAGGUCUUGCAGGUGCCCGUGGUCUUCCUGGUGAGAGGGGACACGUUGGACCUGCUGGCUCUGUUGGACCCCGAGGCAGCGAUGGCAGUUCUGGUGCUACUGGUCCUCCUGGGCCUGCCGGUUCCACAGGUGCUCCUGGAUUCCCUGGCCCCGUUGGUGCCAAGGGUCAUGUAGGUUUGGCUGGUAGCAGAGGUCUCGCAGGUCCCGCUGGUCCCAGAGGUGAACCUGGUCCUUCUGGUGCAUCUGGUCCAGUUGGUCCCUCUGGCAAUCCUGGAGUGAAUGGUCUUCCUGGAGCUAAGGGAGCAGCUGGUGCCCCUGGUGCUGCUGGUGCUCCUGGUUUCCCUGGUGCUCGUGGCAUUCCUGGUCCAUCUGGUCAAGCUGGUCCCGUUGGGCCAAGAGGAUUGGGUGGUGAUCCUGGACCUGCUGGUCUCAAAGGAGAAACUGGAAAUCGUGGUGAACCUGGUGAUGUCGGACCUGCAGGAGCUGCUGGUAAUCAUGGAGAGGAAGGCAAGAGAGGCCCUACUGGUGAAGUUGGAGCUGCUGGACCUGCUGGUAACCGUGGAGAACGAGGAGCACCUGGUAACCGUGGUUUCCCUGGUGCAGAUGGUCGUGCUGGUGCUAUGGGUCUCCCAGGUGACCGUGGUGCUUCUGGUGAAGGAGGUGCCAGAGGACCUCCCGGGGAUGCUGGCCGUGCUGGUGAACCUGGCCAGACUGGUGCAAGGGGACUGCCUGGUACUCCUGGAACCUCUGGCCCUGCAGGCAAAGAAGGUCUAGCUGGAGCUGCUGGCCAAGAAGGUCGUACUGGUCCCCCUGGUCCUACUGGUCCAAGAGGUCAGCCUGGUUCCAUUGGUUUCCCUGGACCAAAGGGUCCUGCUGGUGCAAAUGGAAAAGAUGGAGACAAGGGUCUUCCCGGUUCUUCUGGUCCAAGAGGUAAUGCUGGUACUGAUGGUAACCCUGGUGGUCAAGGUCCCGCUGGUGUUGCCGGAGCUACUGGUGGAAGAGGCGAACGUGGUCCUGCUGGUCCUGCAGGCUUUUCGGGUCUUCCCGGUCCUGGUGGUCCACCUGGUGAAGCAGGAAAACCUGGAGAAAGAGGUCCUCAUGGUGAACAAGGAGCUCCAGGAUCUGCUGGUGCAAGGGGAGAACGUGGUCUCCCAGGUGAAAGCGGUGCUGUAGGUCUUCAAGGCCCAAUCGGACCCCGUGGCUCCUCUGGUCCAAAUGGCCCUGAUGGUCCCAAGGGUGAGCCUGGUGUUCUUGGCCCUGCUGGAGCUGUAGGCCCCGCUGGUCCUAGUGGUCUUCCUGGUGAGAGAGGAGCUGUUGGUGGUCCUGGACCUAAAGGUGAAAAGGGAUCAAAUGGUGAGAGAGGCUUGGAUGGUAACCAUGGAAGAGAUGGCCACCGUGGUCAACCUGGUCCUGGCGGUGCUCCUGGUCCUGCUGGUGCUAAUGGAGAACGUGGACCUGGAGGUAAUGCCGGUCCUGCUGGCCCUGCUGGUCUUCGUGGCGCUCCUGGCGAACGUGGAGAGGUCGGCCCUGCUGGUGUUGCUGGUUUCGCUGGUCCUCCUGGUUCAGCUGGUCAAGCUGGUACCAGAGGAGAAAAGGGUCCAAGAGGACCAAAAGGUGAAAAUGGUGCUGUCGGUCCAGCCGGUUCUGUUGGUUCAUCUGGUCCAGCGGGUCCUGCAGGUCCUGCUGGCCCCCCUGGUGCUCGUGGUGACGUUGGCCCAGCUGGUGUCACUGGUUUCCCUGGUGCUCCUGGUAGAGUUGGUCCUGCUGGUCCAGCCGGUAGUGUUGGUAACCAAGGUCCUUCAGGUCCAGCUGGUAACACAGGUCCAAGAGGUGCAAGAGGUGACACUGGUCCUUCUGGCCGUCCUGGUGAAACAGGUGUUGCUGGUCUUCAAGGUCCUGCUGGUGAAAAAGGUUCAACUGGUGACAACGGAAGUCCUGGUGCUGCUGGUAUUGCUGGACCUCAGGGUGUCAUUGGUUCCCGUGGUAUUGUAGGUCUGCCUGGAUCCAGAGGUGAACGUGGUCUCCCAGGUUCUGGUGGUGGAUCAGGUGAUCUCGGCAAAGUUGGUCCUGCCGGCCCUGCUGGUCAACGUGGUCAAUCUGGUCCAAGCGGUCCUGCUGGCAUGAGUGGUGCUCCUGGUGAAGCUGGACGUGAUGGUAGCCCCGGUCCUGAUGGACCUCCUGGUCGCAAUGGUGCUGCUGGUUUUAGGGGAGAACGUGGUGAGCCUGGUGCUUCAGGCAGAGCUGGUUCUCUGGGAGCUCCUGGUGCUCCCGGUCCAGCUGGUCCAGCUGGUCCCGAUGGAAACCGUGGUGAACCUGGUCCAUCAGGCAAUGCCGGCCCCGUGGGUCUCGCUGGUGCAAGAGGUGCUCCUGGUCCACAAGGGCCACGAGGUGAAAAGGGAGUUGCUGGUGAGAAAGGAGAGCGUGGUCUGAAGGGUUUGAGAGGACACACUGGAUUGCAGGGUCUUCCUGGUGUUAGUGGUCAAAGUGGAGAGCCCGGAACUCCUGGUCCAAGUGGUCCUGCUGGUCCAAGAGGUCCUGCUGGUCCUUCUGGGCCUACUGGCAAAGAUGGUAGAGUUGGCCAUUCUGGCAACAUUGGACCUGCUGGUGUUCGUGGUCCUCCUGGUUACCACGGUCCAGUUGGUCCUCAAGGUCCACCUGGUCCCCCUGGUCCUCCUGGUGCUGCUGGUGGUGGAUAUGACAUUGGUGCCAGCUAUGAUGCUGGUGACUUCUACAGAGCUGAUCAGCCUUCUCUCAGAGCUAAGGAUUACGAGAUCGAUGCUACCCUCAAGUCUUUGAACAACCAAAUUGAAACCAUCAUCACACCUGAAGGCUCCAGAAAGAAUCCAUCACGUACAUGCCGUGACUUGAGGCUCAGCCACCCAGAAUGGACUAGCGGUUACUACUGGAUUGAUCCUAACCAAGGUUGCACAGCUGACGCCAUCCGGGCAUAUUGUGAUUUCACCAGUGGUGAGACUUGCAUUCAUGCCAACCAAGAUAUGUUCCCACGUAAGAACUGGUAUAUCAGCAAGAACCCAGCUGAGAAGAAACACAUCUGGUUUGGCGAAACUAUUAAUGGUGGCAUUCAGUUUGAAUACAAUGAAGAUGAUAUCACUCCUAAGAUGAUGGCCACUCAACUUGCCUUCAUGCGCCUACUGGCUAACCAUGCCUAUCAGAACAUCACCUACCACUGCAAGAACAGCAUCGCAUACAUGGAUGAGGAGACUGGUAACCUGAGGAAGGCCGUCAUGCUGCUCGGUUCCAAUGAUGUUGAACUUAAGGCAGAAGGCAACAGUCGGUUCACGUUCAGUGUCCUGGAGGAUGGCUGCACUAGACACACUGGUGAGUGGGGCAGAACAGUCAUGGAAUACAGAACAAACAAACCAUCACGUUUACCACUCCUUGACAUUGCACCUAUGGACAUUGGCGGUGCUGACCAAGAAUUUGCUUUGGACAUUGGCCCCGUCUGUUUCAAAUGAAAGGAUUUUAAAAAUAACUUAAAAUGAUUUUCUCCCUGUCAUUUCUUUUUUUUUGUACUGAACGCUGACUCCUUCCAUUUCUUCUGCUCAUCUACUUGCUUAUCUCUGGGCGUACACAGGAGAAGAAGCGACUGGAGCAUUGUGCAAUGCAGUUUAAUACAGCCCCAAAGGACUGGGAAAUCAUUCCAGAUGUUAAUACCUUUUUGUGGGAUUUGUUAAUAUGUGUAAAAAAAAGAACCCAAACAGAAAUAAAACAAUGAAAACAUACACCAAUUGUGGCCUUUGAAUGUCUUCCAUAGUGGAAGUUUAAAAUCACGGUAUCCAAAAAAAAAGGUUUAAACCUACCUCAUUUACCUAUGUCUUAGCUUAUCUACAUUCUUAACAGGUCCCACUCUACAUUCAGUGACAAGAGAUGUUUUCAUAUCAAGGCAUGGUACAAAGAUGCUCUAAGAAACACUUCAUUUCUCACUUACUUGAAGAAGACGAAUGGUGCUAAGUGUAUUUGUGCUGCUUCGUUUAACCAGGCAGCAUUUAACAACCACUGCACUGUAUUAAGUUGCAUUGUGAUUUUUUUUCAGCAGAAUGUCCAGUCUACCCCCAAAACUAAGCAUGUGGAUCAUUUUCACAGCCUUUGUCCUCUAUUUACAUUCUGGUCAUAGUGCUUUUAGCUCAUUUUAUCCUCACAAAUGGGUAAAGGAGGCCUCGUUUCUCAAAUUUUUAUUUGUAACUAUUUUGUAUAUGUGAGAUGUUUAAAUAAAUUGUAAAAAAAUGAAAUAAAGCAUGUCCGGUGGUCCAAACAA